AUGAGCCAAAUUGGAGUGGCCACCUCGACGGAAACCGCGCAAAGCAGUCAAAGCAACGAGGAUGGAGGUGAGUGUGGUCGGAAAUGGGGCCAAUCGCCUGUUGAUUAGUCGUAUUUUACAUUUUUCGAAAUUUGAUUUUCUAAAAUACGGAUUAUUUCAACACUUUUUUUUUCCUUUUGUCUUAUAGUUUUAUCGAUUUCACUUUUCUCUAUAAGAAGAGGGCCUUUUCGCUUUUAUUUUUUGCCGUAGUAAGGUUUAAACAGAGGUAAAACUUUUCAAAAAACAUCUAAUUUGCCCUGAAGGCUCUAGAAAAAGUCUAAUUUUUCUUUUUUUCUCUUCUAAUUUUGGCUUAAUUUAAAAAAAAAUUUUUUCUGAGGCUUGCUAAAGAGUGCCUUUCAUAGAGAUACAUUGCCUUUAUCUUGUCAUUAAUUAGACUACAGACAGGGACAAGUGUUUGUAAACAAAAACAAACCUCCAUUUGCUAAAGUGCGCCGUAAAAAAAAGAGUUCUGUUCCAAACGAAUGAGCAUUUUUUGAGGUUUGUAACUCGCUCUUUUGCAAUGAUUUUUGUAAAUAAAUUUAGGGUACAAUACGUUAUGUUUAUGUGCUGACUUUGGUUAAACAUGCAACUCUCAAAACCUCCAGAUCUCUUUUUUUGGACACUACAAGAAAAUUUGUCUAUAACGAAUGAAUCUAAAAGAUUCCAGAGAUUACUCCAGGCCAAUACGAAGCUUAGCGUAUUCAUUUAGUAAUCACAUUAUAGCCUCUACAUUACGAACUCCGCAAGACAAAACCUGUUUAUAACGAAAAUUUUGAAACUCCCGAGAGUCAUUUUUACGCUAAAGCCUUCCUAUAACAAAGCCUCUCUAUAACGAACAAACUUUAUGGAUCUUUGGGGGUUAAUUGUACAGUGGUUACUGUACCUUAACGCGCAUUUCUCUGAAAAAGCGGUAUCUUACUUUUGUCUGGAAAAAGCGGUAUCUCUAUUGCGACAGUUUUCUCUAGAUCAGCGAUUUCUAAAGAUCGCGACUCUUUUAUAACCCGUACUUUUCGCAGACGGCUAAGAUCCGCUCAGCUUCUCCUGGUAUAUUCGAUUGUUCCUCCUGAUCCCCAAUAACUCAAACAAGCCCAGCAUUUUUUCGAUCAGGUAUUAAUAACCUGUGGCACACUUGCGGGCUCUGACAAAUCCCCGCUUGAUGACAUUGUUUAUAACGACUAUUGGGAACAUGUGUUGAGGAACUCGUUGAGACUGUCGCUGCCACAUGUGGAGACCUUAAGAUCAACCAAAUCUUACUCUAUCUACAUUUUUUCCUACUCCGGAUCGCGAAGAUUUCGGAGAUCCUCAAAUUUGGCCGCAAAUUCAUCAAGACUUCUAUUUUUGGGCCGACGCCCGCGGCCGAAGACGAGGCGUUUGAGUGGGAGGUUGAGGAGGCGGUCCCAUUCAUUCCGCUGAUCUUCUCCGAUGGCCAAGGGGGGAUUCAUUAAAACGGGAAAGGGGGGCUUUUGUUUCUCUCUCGCUCUUCAGGUGGAUCGAAGAGGGCCGAACGCAGAGAGCGGGCGAGAUGCGGAGAGCGCGCAGACGCGGCGAUCUCUUAUUUUACAGGCUGGGGAAGGCUUGUUUGAAGUUCUGAUUACUGGAGUAAACGCUUACUUUGGAGCAAUCUUCACGCUAAUCAGGCCCGAAAAGUGCGGAUUUUGAUGAUUAGAGGCAGUAUAAGUAAAAUAACGCAAAAAUAAGGCUGGGGUUUGAUUUUGCUCUUAUGGUUCUGCAUUUUAAAUUAGAUUUUCAAGCUAUAUUUUAAAUUUUUUACCUAAAUUCGUCAUUUUUUGCGUUAUUCUUGAUCAAAAAUGGUUUUUUCUACCAAAAUAGGUCUUAUUUUUGAAUAAAAAUUUGUUUUCUGACAAAUGUCAAUGUAAAAUGAAUAAUUAAAAUUGAGUAACCUCCUUAUAAGGUGCUUUCUGUGCUUGCCAAAUCCGCGUUUAUUAAAGGUCUCCAAACGGGUUUUGCCUGCGGACAGGUGCCCCUGCCCCGGAGUUUCCUCUUCUUCCCCGUCCAAUCAGUUGGUCGCACUCACUGCGUAGGCGUGUGCCAUUAGUUCGAAGCCCCCCUUUCGGCCGGUUUCGGGCCGCCGUCCUCCCCCCUUUUGUGCCCGGCCUUUCGAUCCGGCGAUCCCGUCGGAAUCUCUCUGUUAUUAGCGGGGAUUGCAGCAUUAAACGAAGCCUUUAAACUGCUGUUAAAUGGCCAAUGCCAUUGUCGCUAAAAGCCUUAAGGGCGUGUUCAUGGCGAUGAUGGCUUGUUCAUUCGACGUGACGACGGCGAUGAAGGGGUGUUGCGGGCAGCUGAGCGGGGAGAUUGACCACUUUUUUGAAGGUCAAAAGGCCGUAGAGGAUUUAUAAAGUCGCGCAUGUAUACCGAUCCUCUUUUUAGAUCUUAUUUGAAUUUUUUUGCUGACAAUGGGAGUACAGCGUCUGUAAAGUAAAACCCCUUGCAAAAGAUGAUUUCUAAUAUCCUCUAAUGAAAUUACAAGCCAAAGAACCGUGCAUGCAACAAUAUAACGCCUCAAUGAGGCGAUGUUCUUUUUGAUUUCACCUAAGUUCACUUCUUGAUCACAUAUCUCGCUGUUUUCUUAUUUUUUGAAACCUCCGUUACUAGUAUUGCACUUUACAGUCCCAACCAAAAAGGGCAAAACCAUGCCUGACGGAAAGGCACCCCACUUCCCACAGCAGCCCGUGGCGCGGCAAAACGAUGACGGCUCGUUGGAGUUGGAGUGCUUCCUGGAAGCCCAACCGCUGCCCGACAUCAAAUGGCACUACGAGAACAACGAGAUCAAGGAGGGAGGCAGAUUCAGCUUCAAGACCAUCAACCGUGGAGGAGACUCGUACUCGGCUACCCUGCAGAUCAAGGUUUGAUUUUUGUCAUUUUUUUCGCCAAAAGAUAAUUUUUUUCAGUUAGCUUGAGGUAUUGCAAAGUUUUUGCUAGCGUUUUCAAGACUUUUCAUUUCGGAAUCUAAGACUCGCUAAAAAUUGCGCCUAAGGGUCACUUUAAACAAAAAUGCGGCACAAAUCACUUCCCACGGGCACUUUGUUGUGGGAGACAACUGUUUCGAAGGGGCUCGGCCACUUGAAUCAUCGCGAUAUUUUUAUUUUUCCGGGUUGGUAACAAAUUAAUUUGACAUAAAAAAAUGACAAUAUCGGAUCUAAAAAUAUCAAAGAUUCCACUGAAACCACCAAAAAAAUUUAAGAAUGCCUGAUUUUUUUUAUUUCCUGCGAUUUUUUAGGAUUUGGCUGACAGCGACGCCGGCUCCUACAGAUGCGCCAUCGUGAAUCCCUUCGGAAAGGGAAAUGCCAACUUCAACCUGAAGCUCACCGGCUUCAGCUCGCCCACCUUCUUGGAGAAGCCGCAGAUCUCAUCGCGCGAUGACGGCCGCGUUAUGGUCAUGGAAUUCAAGGCCAAGUCUCUGUUGAAACCGACCUUCGUCUGGCAGAAGGGAGACGAAAUCGUCGCCGAAUCCGACCGCUACAAGAUCAUCACCAAGGAGCUGGGCAACAACGAAUACUAUGCUGCGUUGGAGAUUGUGGAGCCCAAAAAGGAGAAGGACGCGGGACAGUUUGUGUGCACGGCCAAGAACGAGUCCGGAAAGUUGACUGCCACUUUCUCAGUCAAAUUCGAAGGUGAGGAAGAAAGAUGGAUCUUUGUUUGAAGAUAUAUAUUUGUUAUCAAUGCUUUCACCUGGUUACUUUUGCUACUCAAAGGUUUUUUUUCAAAAAAUUUUUGAUUGGCCAUCCGAUAUUUUAGCCUUUGUUCCCUCUUCAAACUGACGUCAUCCUUUGAUCCCCGUAUAAUCUUUGAUUUUAGUUCCCCAAGGAGCGCCCACCUUCACCCGCAAGCCACAGAUCUUGCAGAAGACCAGCGAUUCCGGAGAUCCGGCCAUCGUCUUCGACAUCGGAUUCCAGGCCGAUCAGAAUCCCGAGGUCAUCUGGUUGAACCCCAAGGGCAAGAAGAUGAAGGAAGCCAGCCGAAUCAAGUUCUUCCUGAACUCGGACGGCGGUGCCAACACCUACACGGCGCUUCUGGAGUUGAAGAACUACAAGGCGAAGGACAGUGGCACUUACACUUGCAACAUUAAGAACGACGCCGGCGAAGCCAACGUCGAACUCACACUGAACAUUGAGGGUAAGUGAAAAGGCGCCGAAAUUUUUGGACGGGUUUUUACAUUCAGUUCUUUAUUUUAUGCUUAUUUUAGAAGAGGAUUAACCCCCCCUUAAGAGGCGGAACGGUCGAUUGUGGUAAUUUAUAUUCAAAUUUAAAUUUCUCGACCUCCACUCCUCUUUCAUCCAAAAAACCUUUUUUUUGAGUUAGCCCAAUUAUUUUUUUGCUAUAUAGUUCAUUUUAUUCUUUCAGGGCCUCUUGAUGACGGUGGUGAUGAAGCCAGUGAAGCCUAA